UGCUCCGCCUCACACACGCACUCAGCUCACAUCUCUGCACACGCACACGCACAUGCGCGCACCCGCGGAGGACGCGCGUGCACGCCGGUGUCCUCUCACGUUUCUGCAUCAAACUCCGCUGGAGCGAACCGGACCGAGCCGGAGCAGCACCAGGACCGCACCAUGGCCCUGCAGCUGCCCCCGUGCGUGAUCGACUGCGGGACCGGGUAUACGAAGAUCGGCUAUGCAGGGAACACAGAGCCGCAGUUCAUCAUGCCGUCCUGCAUCGCAAUCAAGGAGUCGGCCAGCGUUGGAGAGCAGGCCCAGAGGAGGCUUGUAAAAGGAAUCGAUGACCUGGACUUCUACAUCGGAGACGAAGCUAUCGACAAACCCAACUAUGCAACCAAGUGGCCCAUCCGCCAUGGGAUGGUGGAAGACUGGGAUCUGAUGGAGAAGUUCAUGGAGCAGGUCAUCUUCAAAUACCUGCGAGCUGAACCUGAAGACCACAGCUUCCUCAUGACAGAACCUCCUCUCAACACGCCGGAGAAUCGAGAGUACCUAGCGGAGAUCAUGUUCGAGACCUUCAACAUACCUGGACUCUACAUCGCAGUACAAGCUGUACUGGCGUUGGCGGCGUCAUGGACGUCCCGGCAGGUGGGACAGAGGACUCUGACCGGCAUCGUCAUUGACAGCGGAGACGGCGUGACACACGCCAUCCCUGUAGCGGAGGGCUACGUGAUUGGCAGCUGCAUCAAGCACAUCCCCAUAGCAGGGAGGGACAUCACCUUCUUCAUCCAGCAGCUGCUCAGAGACAGGGAAGUGGGGAUUCCUCCGGAGCAGUCGCUGGAGACCGCCAAGGCCGUCAAGGAGCGGUACUGUUACAUCUGUCCGGACAUCGUGAAGGAGUUCACAAAGUACGACUCUGACCCGGGGAAGUGGAUUAAACAGUACAGAGGAAUCAACUCCGUCAGUAAGACCGCCUUCCACAUCGACGUGGGCUACGAACGCUUCCUGGGCCCUGAAAUCUUUUUCCACCCUGAGUUUGCUAACCCAGACUUCAUGCAGCCCAUCUCUGAUGUUGUUGACGAGGUGAUCCAGAGCUGUCCCAUCGAUGUUCGGAGGCCGCUCUACAAGAACAUCGUGCUGUCCGGAGGAUCCACCAUGUUCAGAGACUUUGGGCGGCGGGUGCAGAGAGACGUGAAGAGGGUGGUGGACGCCCGGCUGAAGCUGAGUGAAGAGCUGAGUGGAGGACGGAUAAAGCCGAAGCCCAUGGAGGUCCAGGUGGUCACGCACCACAUGCAGCGCUACGCUGUCUGGUUUGGAGGCUCCAUGCUGGCAUCCACGCCGGAGUUCUCCCAAGUGUGUCACUCGAAGAAGGACUACGACGAGAUCGGCCCGAGCAUCUGUCGACACAACCCCGUGUUCGGCGUCAUGUCCUGACGGGCCGGCCCGUUAGUGUGUUAUCCUGCUGGAACCAGCACCUCUAGUUUCUCACCCCCUCACCUUCAGCCCGUUAGCGGGCCAGCAGGCUCACAUGGAGCUCUGGAGAACAGGAAGCACAAAUUUAGCUAGAGAACAGUCGAAAAAAUAGUUUUUGGGGGAUAAAUUUGCUCCACUGAUAAGUUGUUUUAUUGUAAAAGAAGAUCAAUCAUGUUUUACCUAUCACCUGGAUUACAGCGUAUUGAUCCGGAGCACAUUUUCCUGGUUUCCUGCUCACCUGCAUGUGUGUCGGUUUGUUGCUGAACAACGUUGACCGUCAGCGCUUAUCGUUACGACUGUUACGUUUUUUUACUUUUCAUCUUUUUAUGUGGUCCGUUUGGGUGUUCUGUGCCGCCAACAUCAGGACUGAUGUUUGUCUCACAGAUCAGAACCAGAACUGUGCCAGAUUUGACCGCACAGACGUGAAACUGCGAAGCCGCAGAUCCAGACGGCUGACGACCGAAACGAGGAGCCACAGAGUUUGAUUUCCCGUUUCAGUUUGAACCAGGUUCUGGCGGGAGUGUGUUUGGAUCAGAGAUGACCUUCACCACGACGGCCCGCUGGAGCCCCGACUCGUCUGGAGUUUAGAUCUCAAUGAACUUUCUGUUGUUGUUUUUUUCUGCCCUUCAGCUGCAGCGAGUUUUAUUGUAUUUAUUAGUUUUUGUUGGGAUGAAUAGCGCCCCCUGUCUGCAGCUUACAGUCACAUGGUUGGCAGUGUCUCGCUGCGUCUCAUCCCAGACUGUUUAUUUUUGUAAAGAUUGAUAGAUAACUUAUAUUAUUAAAGAGUUCUACGAGUAUAUGUUUAGAGUGUUGAUAAUGAAGUGUGAUGUGUUGGGAUGCGUUCAGGUACAACCAUGUUCAUCAGGAGAGGAGAGCAGGAAGGUGGUCAAAAUGAAACAGCGCCUGCAGCCACCACGUAACCAGGUUCUGUUUCCAUAGAAACGGCUAAAAGAGACAUUAACAGGAUGAAACAUCAGGAGCAUUAAAGGAAAUGUAUGCAUUUUCUGACUUUUGAAGGCUCAUAAUUGUCUGGAAUUCAAACACUCAUUUAAAUACUCAAUUAUAGACCGGGUUAUAGACCCAGAUAAUCCAGUUUAUUACAAUAAAAACCAUGCAGAGACCAGAACAUGACCCCCGGUCAAUUAUUACAUAAACUACGGAUCAUAAGGGGGACCCUCCUGCUGAAGACCAGCCGGGUAGAGCAGGAAAAGAAAGAGAAGAAAAAGAGGAUGAAGAACAGAGAGAGGAGAGACAGAUACAGUGUAUAUGUAGACUUAUAUAUGUAAAACUGCUAAGUGAUUUUUUUUUUUUUUACUGGUGAAAUUUAUACUGGGCCCCUGCAGAUCAAUGCAUGUGCCCCAGUAAAAUAUGUCUGGCGACGCUGAUGGAUCCAGACCUGCGGUUCCUCUACAGCAGAAAUGAACAUAUUUAGGGCUAUAUAGGGGGUACUUUCUUUUUUAUAUAAUUUUUUUAAUAAUUAUUUUUAUUUUUUUUGAUGACAUGUUUUGUUGAUUGGCAGCUGGAUUAGCCAGUGGCCUGCGAUCACCGUCACCUCUUCAGUCCAAGCUUGUGCUAACCCAACGUUGGCUGAAUGCCAUGGUGAUGAUUUUUCAUCCUAAAUUACAUUUGAAACCAGUUAUUCUUCAUAAUAAAUGAGUUAUUCUGCUGCAAACGUUGGCAGGCAACUCUGCAGAGCUGGAUUUAAGAGUGUCCCAGCUGCUUUCCCGCGCUCGUUUGUUUAACCCUAACCCUAACCCUAACCAUUUACAUCGUGAUGUUUCACAGUAUGAAGAAAACGUACUUUAAAGGCCUCUUCACGGUGGCUUUGGUGACGUCACGCGGGGCUUGUCGAGAAUUGUGCAGUCUGUACUGAACUAUUUCAUGUAGCUCACUCAGAUACCUUUAUUUUGAAAAGCCCAGUUUUAUUUACUCAGACGGAAGUUCUAAUUGAAAGCCUGAUUUAUGGUGGACGUGAACAGGUUUCAGACAAGGCUGCCAUGCCAACAAAAGCUCGAGUAAAGUCUACAGGCUACAAAAAGCCCUGGGCUGCAUCCGAAAUUCCACACUUCCACCCUGAGUAGCAAAACCAGUAUGUGAGAUUUUUUUAGUGCAUCCGAAACAUUAGUACGUACUCAAUAGUAUGUACUAUACUAUACUCAUUCUGGAGAAAUGUAUUAGUGUGGAUUGAUGGACUGCUACUGCUGCUGUGACAGGAGUUGUACCCAGUACUGGAGAU